CCUUGUUGGUGACCCGGGGCGCAUCUUUCUCUGCCUGCGACUUCAGAAGCCCUGAGCGGAGGCUGAGGAUGGCGGCCAGGAUGGCUCUGCGCUUGCUGUCUCUUCUGGUGGUGGGGGUCGCUCUGCUGGAGAGCUGCUUCGGCGCCUCCUCCCACUCCAUGAAGUAUUUCUACACCGGCAUCUCGGAGCCCAGUCAGGGGCUGCCCCACUUUGUCACUCUGGGGUACGUGGAUGAUCAACUCUUCAGUUACUAUGACAGCAACAGCCAGAGGAUGGAGCCUCGAGUCUCCUGGAUGGAGAAGGUGGGGAAGGAGGAUCCCAAGUACUGGGACAGAAACACCCAGAGAGAACGUGACUCUGAGGAAUGGUUCAGAGAAAACCUGGAGAACCUGAGGAAUCGCUACAAUCAGAGCGAAGGACUUCACAUAAUACAGGUGAUGUAUGGCUGUGAGCUCCGGAGAGACAGGAGCAAAGGAGGGUUUAUCCGGUAUGGCUACGAAGGGAGGACCUUCAUCACCUUUGACAAGGAGACCCUCACCUGGGUGGCUCCCGAUCCCCAGGCCCAGAUCACCCAGAGGAAAUGGGAUGCUCUUCAAGGAAUGAAUCAGGGAUGGAAGACCUACCUGGAGGAAAUCUGCAUUGAGUGGCUGGAGAAGUACUUGUCCUAUGGCAAUGAGACGCUGCUGAGGAGAGAGACCCCAAAGGUGACGGUGAGCAGCAGGACGGAGGUGGAGGAUGGGAUGGAGACGCACAUCUGCCAGGUCCAUGGCUUCUACCCCAGGGAGAUCGAUGCCUCCUGGACGAGGGACGGGGAGGUCUGGGAGGAGGACACCCUCCAUGAGCCUGUGGCCCCCAAUGCGGAUGGGACCUACCACUACUGGAUCAGUGUCAAGAUCGAUCCCAAAGAGAGAGACCGCUAUCGAUGCCAUGUGGAUCAUGACAGCCUGCAGGAGCCUCUGGACUUGGAACUGAAGGAACCAACCAAUUCAAAAUCCAUCCCGUGGCUCAUCAUCGGCUGCGUUGUGGCUGCUCUUGUCCUGGUGGGUGCGAUUGCUGGGAUCCUCCUGGUAUUCCUCAAGAAACGUCAGGAUGGCUACAAAGCAACGCCAACAAGUGACAAAGGAUCCAACAGUUCAGGCCAGGGGAGCAAUCAGACUGUUUAGCAGCCCCCUUGCAGUGGACACCCCCAGAAUAAAGAGAGAGGAAUGAAGAGGGAUCAGCCUUCUUCUGAAUUAGGCCAGGCUCUUAGCUGGAGCCCUUCAGGCCCUUCCUGCAUGCUGGAACCAGGAUAGAUUCUGGGUCUUUCAUCAUUGCUUUUAUCAUUGAAUCAGUAAUCCUUUUCUAUUAUGAUUGAAGAUAUAUGGAGAAAAUAAUACGUUAUGUGUUACUAAUUGUGAGAUCAAAAGAUUUCAAAUUGGAUUUCAUAGAUAAUAGUUUAUAAUAGUUAGCUUGCAUAACAAUGGGCUUAAUGGGCUUUUGCUGAUUAAUUUUAGUGGAUGGAGAUUAGAGGUUAAAGAUGAGGUUUUAGAGAUGGGUUGAUAGAGAAUGGAGAAUGAGGAAUAGGAUGAAGAGUUCAUUGGUUUUACUUUAAGAAAGAUUGAUAAGUUGUUAAUUUUCAUUUUACUUGUUGGGGAUAAAGGUGGAGGUUGCUUUUUCUUUGUUUCCUUGUGUUAGUUUUAUCUGUUUAAUGUAAUAUUCAAUGAAACUAUUACUAAGAGAAGUGUGCAUUUUGAGAUUUUUUUCAUUAAAAUAGUUGAUGCAUUUUUAAUUGAUUAUUGCAGUUAUUUGACCAUAUAUUUGAUAACACAAAGUUUGAUAAAUAAUAUACCAUUGUAACAAUUAACACUGAUUUUUAAUAGCUUGCCAUUUAUGGAUUUUAAUGAUUUAGAAAAAUGGAACAGGAGAUCAAUUGCAGUCAGGCUGCUACCUCCUUAACAAUGGGACAUAUUUUGUAAGUUUGCCAAAAUUGUUUGCUGAAAAUAAAUGAUUUCUUUUCCUCUUA